AUGGGGGCGGUUUCUAACGUUCUUGGAGGGCUCAUGUUCAUUGUGCUGUGUGUUUUGCAGAGAAGCAAGGCCAUAUGGUUGAAUUUGCCGGCGACUGGGACCAAGUGUGUGUCGGAGGAAAUCCAGAAUAACGUCGUCGUUUUGGCCGAUUACGUUGUCAUUUCCGAUGACCACGUACACCACCCCACCCUCACUAUUUCCACCAAGGUCACCUCGCCAUAUGGCAAUACCCUAUAUCACCUGGAAAAUACGACACAUGGUCAAUUUGCAUUCACGACUAGUGAGGCUGGCAACUAUCUGGCAUGUUUCUGGAUUGAAGGGUGUAAUCCAGGAGGUGGAGGUGUAAGUGUUAACAUUGACUGGAAAAUGGGCAUUGCAGCGAAGGAUUGGGAAUCGGUUGCAAGGAAGGAGAAAAUUGAGGGUGUUGAACUUGAGCUGAGAAAGCUUCAAGGAGCUUUGGAGGCCAUUCAUGAAAAUCUUUUGCAUCUUAAGAGCAGAGAAGCUGGGAUGCGAACCAUGAGUGAAGCAACAAAUGCGCAGGUGGCAUGGUUCAGUAUUAUGUCCCUGGGAAUCUGCAUUAUGGUUUCAAUCACCCAGAUUUCAUACUUAAAGCGGUACUUCCAAAAGAAGAAGCUAAUUUAG